CCGAUAACAAACUCCCAGGUCAAAAAUACACCUGGACGAUUGGAGAUAGAGGUCAAAAAGAAUACGAUGAGCUCGCUCUUCAGUAGAAACCGUGUUCAUCUGUCAGCAUCACCAGGACCAUUGUGCUCGAGAUACCUGAGAUGCAGACAGACAGUACUGCUCAGGUAUUACAUUGGUGGUUAUAGCUAUGCUGCAUUCACCCAUGGAGCAAGGGGACACAGAACGCCCACCUGAGCGCGAGUCACCUCAGCAUCAAGGACCUAAUAUGGUGACUGGAGAAUCAACACCUCCAGAUGACAUUGCCUUCAUCAAUGACCAAACCAUUGAGAGGUUAACACAUGGACUUAUAGCUCAUUAUCUACCAGACCUGCAAGACUCCAAGCAAGCACUCCAGGAACUGACCCAAAACCAAGUGAUAUUGCUUGACACACUGGAUCAGGAAAUAACUAAAUUUAAAGACUGCAAUUCACUGCUUGAUUUAAAUUCACUGUUCACAGAGGCAAAGAUUUAUCAUACCAAAUUGGUGAACAUACGAAAAGACAUGAUGGUUCUUCAUGAUAAGACAACUAAACUAAAGAAAAGAGCAUUGAAACUUCAACAACAGAGACAGAAAGAAGCUUUGGAAAAAGAGCAACAGCGUGAGAAGGAGUUAGAGCGAGAACGGCAACUUAUUGCUAAGCCUGCAAGAAGAACAUAAAGAGAUUCAUGGUUGACCACUACAUUCCCAAGACAUCUGCACGUGGGUACUGGGCCAAUCAACUGAACACUGUGUUUGUUAAAUUACUUUUAUUCCUCAAUACCAAAGGUGCAGAGGCCAAUAUUUCAUUAGUUUCAUACUGUACACUUGGCCAUUAUGUCCUUCUCUAUAACAUCUUGCAAUAUGAUACACCAGCUAAUACUUAAAUUUAGAAUGUGAGCUGAAGUAACACAAAUAUGAAGUGACAGAGCAAUGGCGAACAAUGGAAGGUGAUGUAACAUGUAAUUUUUACAAAUCUGUUUAUAGGUUUAUCAGAGAAUAUUUGUGCUUCCAUUGUACCUAGACCUUCAGCUAGCUCGAUCAUGCUUAUUGUGUCAGUUCAUACCAUCAUAAUACUGUAUUUCUUCAUUUUAUUGAGCAGGCCCUGAAUUAUUAACUUAUUUGUGGUAGGCUACAUCUUUCCAACUUCAAAAGGCAUGUUGUUAGGCUACAUGAUGUCAUAGAGCACAAUGUGAUAUAAUUGUCUGUAUUUGUAUAACACAGUAAAGCUGAUUUAAAGGUUUGUAAA